GAAUGGUGUUAUCUCGCCACUGUUCACACUAGAAGAAGACUCUGAAGCGACUGUGGUUACUCAGUCGGAACCAACCCGCGAAUUUUCCGCGCCUAUCACAACUUGUUUCUUCGAUUUGGAUGACACUCUGUAUCCCAGUAGCGCUGGUCUCGGCCCAGCGUGUGUGAAGAACAUCGAAGAUUACAUGGUUCAACGCCUGUGUUUCGCAGCAGACACCGCAGGCGAGGAGGCCAUCAGGCUGUACAAGGAGCAUGGCACCUCCAUGGCUGGUCUCCGGGCAGAAGGUUACGCCUUCGACUUUGAUGACUGGCACGCGUUCGUUCACGGCCGACUGCCAUACCACCUGCUGAAGCCAGACCCUGCCUUGAGGCACCUCCUUGAUUCGCUUCCUCAACGCAAAUUUGUGUUCACCAACGCCGAUCGCGCCCACGCCAGUCGCUGCCUGCACCUGCUGGGCCUGGAAGGGUGCUUUGACGCCGUGAUUGCAUUCGAGGACGUCAUGGCGCACCACCCGUCUCUGCCCUUCUCCCUGCGAAACAACUUCCGCCCUUCAUGCACCACCUCUGACAUCCCUAACGUUUCUGACGGCUCUGACUGUCUUCUGGACUCCGACCGUGGCCUGCUGCCGUCCUCCCUGCCGCCCAUUCCCUCCGCCUCCUCCACCGCCUCCCUCCCGUCAGCUAACCUGUCAGGCGAUAGCAGUAAUGGCAGCAGUGGCAGCAGCUCUCCAGAGCGAUUGCUACCAAUCAGUAUCCAGGAUCAGCAAGAAGGACCAAGUGAGCAGCAGCAGCGCGAUUUAGAGCAGCAGGAAUCAAAACAGGUGAACUUACCCCAGGUGCCACCUUUCCGCUGCAACAGCCGCCGCUGCGUCAGUGCAGAUGCACUGGUGGAGCAUGCUGCUGCUGCUCACCCUCUUGCUGCACACGCUCAUCGUGACGUCGCCAGGCUAGCAGCAGAAGCAGCAUCAGCACCAACACCAGCAGCAGCAGCUGCUGCAGCAUCUGCAGUGGCACAGUCGUGGAUGAGUCCGGCCGGACCACUCAUCUGCUGCAAGCCCCAGGCUGAGGCGUUUCACCGCGCAGUGGUUGGCAUUGCACACGCUGACCCGCACUCAUCGAUAUUCUUUGAUGACAGCACUCGCAACAUCUCAGCGGCCAAGAGAUUUGGCAUGCAUACAGUUCUGGUAGGAACAUCACAAUCAUCAGCAGGAGCAGAUUAUGUUAUAGCAAGCAUUCAUGAAAUGAAGAAGCGAAUUCCGGCGUUGUGGAAAGUGCCUGAAAGUAAUGAGACAGGCAUAGUGACGGAAGGUGUUAGAGAGUCCCCAUGCAUCUGCCAUCAAAGCAGAAACCUGGGCCUUGUGUUGGCAUAA